UGAACAUCAGCCAAUGUAUCAUAAUUGUAAUUUGUAAACUUCACAAAAUAAGUCAUGUGGGUUUCCAUGAACGUUCAACAAUUUUAACAUAAAAACUGUCUGUACCAGACAAACAUAAUUUUUUGUCUGGUAUCAGCACAAAUGAUGGUUCAUUUGACCCUGUUCUCCCCUAUUGUACCGUAUAUUCUUUAGCACUGAUCAGUACCAGCAGAAGUAAAAAUUAAAACCUACUUUUACAAAGAGUGUCAAUAUGACUGCACAAAAGAGCAGCGUAAUGAUACUGUAGGGCAGUGCAUUGUUAUGUUGACGAAAUAAAAGCACCAUGACAGACUGGGUCUUCUGAGUGGUAAACCGCUAAUGUUAAGGGAUUUGGCAAGUAACCUCAGGCUAAAGUAAGAAUAUACAGUAUAUGCGCUUACCUGCACAUACACAGUAAACCACACUCUUUAUAAAUUUCAAGUCAAACUCCUCUCUUCCUCUAAAGUGAAAUUACAACAGAGAAUCAAACUAAAAACUCCUGAUCUGACCUACAUGUCCUAAUUUGCAAUGCCUUCUGAAGGCAGACAGUUGAGUGUUCUGUUUACUGAUCAAACCCUUCAGGCUUAACCCAGUCCUCAAGCUGCUGUUGCUGCCACCACUUAACUGGUAAGACUAGUCCUUUGUUGACUUACCUAAAAUUUAACAAGUUUCAAACACCACACCCAUGCUAACACUGUCGACAGGAAACCUGGGGAUAGAAAAUCCUCUUUAUUCUACUGAAAGUUUUGCACAUGACAAGAGACUGAACACUGAGCUUCACGUACACCACCAUACACACACACACACACACACACACAUAGACACUGUGUAUCUCAGCAGGGCAGAGGACUGGAGCGGAGGGCAGCUAGUGGACUUGGAACUACAGAAACUCCUAGACCCAUCCUGUGUAUCAGGGAGACCACUCUCUGAUCUCCCACCCUCCAUCAUCAGUCCACCAUGGGAGAGACCAUCAGCAAACCCACUUUUAACCCCUUCCAGAACUACAACUUCCUCUCCUCUUUCAAGCGUGGCUCCCCCACCAGUCCAUCCUACGAUCGGUACAACUCCCCUCAGCCGAGCAUCUUCUCCACACUGAGGAGGCCUCCCACCGCCAAACCCAACGAUUUCAUACCUCUAUUCAGCGACUGCAUCUCUGCCGCCUCGUCCAGAACUCAAGAGUACCUCCUCUUCAAGGACCCGGAAAACAAGUUCCAUCCAAGCCCUAAGGUGCUCACUCAGAUCUUCCUGAUGACCUACAUCUCUCAGAGCAUCAGCCUUAACAUGACAGACACCUUCAACUGCACAGCCAUGACGCCCGAGCAGCGCAUCCUCUUGGGCGCUGACUGGGUCUGGGCCGUGUUGGAGAAGCCCACCAAGAACCCUCGGAUCCAGAUCGUCGUGCAGGUCCUACACCUGCCCGACAGGGAGGACGUCCCCCCAGAGGCUUGCAGUGAGACCAUCCAGAUGGCCCAGAAGGAGUCCAGCAACAAGACCAUGUACGAGAGGGUGGUCGACUUCUCCACCUCCAUCGGCAAGGACUGCUACGCCCUCUUCUUGUUCUUGGGGAAGAAAAACGACAGGGGGAAUAUCUACGGCGUGCUCAGCAACAACUUUGAGGCGGCCAUCGGGAAGUGCAAGAUUGACAGAGCUUUUAUUGAGAACUUCUUCAAAGGCUCGAGGUAUCUCCAUACACCUACAGGAAUGAUGCAGGCCAUUGUCACCAAGAAAGAGGGAGAACCUCUCACCCUCAUGAUUAAAUUCAGCUGAACCAAAGGGACUAAUGUAAUAUUUAAUGGCCAACAACACAAUACAGUGACACAGUGUGGUAAACUUUGUGAUAGAGAUGUGGAGGGUAUUGAUGUAUCUCUUCAGAAACAAGCUCCAUACUUACUAAAAUGUUGAGUUUGUUAAAGUAGAGCCUUUUGAGAGAAAAUUUUGGUUAUUUUCAACCUAUUCCAGGUGUUGAUGGUGAAUCCUACAGGUGUGUCUGUAUACUUUCUGCUGUUUACUUAGAGUGCUGUUUCCUAACAGCUUAAAUUAGAACCUCAUUCUAACACGUCAUUUACAAACACGAGGAAACAUACGGCACAGCUGAAUCAUACCAUUUCAGUUAGUCCCUUUCUAAAAUAACAUUACAUGGUGCUCAAGUUUUAGAGGGCAAGGUUCACAGCAGAGUGCCCUGUGAAGGACCUGUCCAGGCUGUACCCCUCCAGUGUGACAGUGAGCCCAUGCAAUAUCAACAGGAAACUAAAGCCGCUAAAUGGAAUUCAGCCAUCAUUCAUUUCAUUACAUACACCUUUGGUGAGCCCGUGUCCUUUCUUCUUGCGCCUCUGCAAAGUUUUCAAAUACCUGCACAAGUAAUGACAUCCCCAUCAGCCUCAGCUGUACUUGGUUUUGUGCUAAUUAACAAAUGUUAGCAUGCUGAUGCGCUAAGAUGAAGAUGGUAAACGAUAACUUUUGUAUGUUGUUUGUAUGUAUCACUGUGAGCAUGCUAAUGUUAGCACUUAUCUGAAAGCACAGCUUCAUAGAGCUGCUAGCAUGGCUGUACACUCAGUCUACUGCUUUAGUAUACAAACUGAUUAAAAAAUGCUUUGAUAAAUAA